GCAUGCGGGUGUCACGGCGGCCGAAUUCGCGCGUGCCGAUAGCAAAACAUUGAUGACUGACAUUGUUAUGGAUUACAGAAGGAGCGUAGCCGUUGUUGGUGACAAAGUGAAUAAUCAUUGUUAUCCUGGACGUGAAAACAGUGGUGGCGAAAAGGUGUUUUUGGAAGGAUUGUGUGGCGUGAAACCGAACUCGAAGAAGAGCAGUCAUGGAGCAUCGACCACUGCUGGCUCGGCGGCAGCGGCAACCAAGGAGGAAGGAUCGCUGGACGACGAUUGCAGGAAGAAGAGAUGCGUCGAUAGAUACGACAGCUCGGAAUCUUCAGACAGUGGCGUAGCGGUACUGAGUUGCACAGACUGCAGCGGCAGCAGCACUGCCUCGAGCGACAUCACCGACCCCGGCUCCCCCUUCAGCACCGCAUCCAACCACAGCGAGGACUCGGGUGGCGCGUUGCAGCCGCCUAAAAUGCCGCCCGCUCAGUCCGCCCACCACCCGCCCUGGCCCUGGACUGCUGCCCACGACGGAUCGUCGCCUCAGCCCUCAGUGGCGGCGCCCUACGCCAAGCGUCUCAGAACUGCCCACGAAGCACCCAAGAAACAGCCUGCCGACGAUUCUAGUCUUAACAAUAACAAUUAUCGAUGCAAGAAGACGGAGUGCGUUCCGAAAAUGCAACAGGGGAAGAUAACGGAGUAUUUCAAGACGCACGGGAAGGCGAACGGUGUCAGGAAGCAAUUAUUGAAGAUGAAAGGAGUAAAGGUUCCCCUAAUUAGUCAGAUUUCCGGGAUGCGAAACACAAGGUCAAAAAAGGAAGCAAAAACGCGGACUGUUCCGAGAAAAAUCCUUCCAGCCCCUAGCAAAGUCCAAGAAACUCACCCCCCAACAAACGUUCACCCUUUUACACCCACAGUCACCCUCACUGCCGUCAGUUUCCCUCCAAACCUUGCGUAUCUUCACGCGAAAACUCCCAAGUCUCCCGACAACCUUUUUUUACCUCAAGUCAACUCGAUUCCCCUCAUCAACCGCGUACCCAUCAUAAACAACUUCAACUGCGUCAAGCUAAACGCCACGGUAGUGCCUAUCGUUAACAUAAAUGCCUUACCGCCGCGGUUGAACGCUGCCCAUGCCAACAUCGCGCUCAGCGUGGACACGGCGAUGCCUACGGUGCUGCCUGCCAGACCUAAGAGUUCAUCGACGUCCUCUGCGCAGACCAAGCAGUUCGAAGGAGGGGUGGUGCAAACUUCUGCGCAGAUGAACGGGACGCAGCAGCAGCGCAGGACAGAGAGCACGACGACAGAGGAGCCCUAUAGAACGGAGGAGUGCCAGACGCAUCAAGAGGAACGGCCUCAGGAACCGCCCGACGAUAAGACAUGGCAGGAGGAGAGUCAAAGUCGAAUACUGGACCAAAAAUCCCCGUCACCCACCGAUUCAGAUAGUGGAUUUUCGAGUCGGGGAAGUUUGGAGAUCAGCGUGGACGAGCCUGUGACGGAGCCGCCCAAAAAGUCGCCCAUUCUCUCACAGCCCAAGACAAUCAGAUUUCCUCCUGUUCAACGACAGAAAGCGAAAGAAGUAGGUCGAGAUUUGGGCAAGAGUCCGCCACAGUCCACCGAUGGUCAGUGUAGAUGGAACGAUUGUUCAGCACAAUUUGACACCAGUGGGGCCUUAUUAGAACAUCUACAGGUUGAACAUGUGAUAUCUCAAUCUAGAGCCAAUCAGGAACAAUACGUAUGUCUGUGGAGAGGUUGCAAGGUGCACGGGAGGACCUCCUGUUCCAUAUCGUGGCUGGAAAGGCACGUGCUGGCACACGCGGGGACCAAGCCUUUCAGGUGUAUAGUGGACGGUUGCGGGCAGAGGUUCAACUCACAGUUGAUGCUGGAAAGGCACGUCAACAGCCACUUCAACACCGACGGAAGCCAGAACACCAGCGCCAAAAAAUCUGUGGAGAACGGCCCUGUUAAGCUAUUCAAGAGGAAUGGACGGAUCAUUCGGUUUCGGAGACAACCCUGGUCAGCUCGAAUGUUUGAUUUUAUUGACUCGGGCAUCAUGGAGGGUCUGCAGCACAAGCUCCUCAAGAUGACGCAGACGCGCACUUUGGGUCAGAUGGGCAGCCCCGGCGAGACCAUGAGCCUGCAGAGCCAAAUCUUAGCCAAGAGGACGGACGCUAAAGGCUGCAAGGAGUUGCUGGUGCGGUGGCAUCCCCGAGAUGUCGUUCCCGACGAGUGGAUUUCCGAAAAAGAGUACAAACCGACCAAGGCGUUGCCCAUAACCUCACUUCCCCCUGAAGGCCGCGAGGCGCUCCGCCCUGCCCUCUUCCCAGGCAACCAAGGACGGACCGGCCACAAGCACCACCGCAAGCCCCUCAGACCCACGACGUGAUACUAAUUUUAAUAGAGCCCCGUCUCCCACGAUGCGCCUGUAAAUAGUACGAUUUUUGGAUGGAGAAAGUUAGGUUAAGUAAUUCGCGCCUUCAUUAGUGGUUAUAAUAAUUAUUAUAUAGCUGCCGUGGUUACUAUUGACCACAGUGAUCAAAGUUUAAAUGGUCAAAUUGAUGAUGAACAAAGAAACGACACGGCUAACGGCGGUUUGGUUUUUGUUUAAACUACUAUUUGUAUCAUGACAAUUUUUUUUUGGUAAACUUAUGGGAAUGUUGUUACAAACAGUGUACAGAAAAUACAGGGUAUCCCAUUUUCGAAUGUUUUGCAGGGUUUCUCGUUUAUGAAUAGAGCUAGAAAGAUGCACUGUUCACUGUGCUACUUUUUUAUGAGGAUGCUACACAUGUAUUAGUCCUAGCCUUAUUGGUUCCUGAAAUACAGGACGAAAUUGAAAAUGUUGAAUUUUUCGACCCCCUUUGUAUCUCAGUUAUCUUAUAAUUAUUGAUCGAAAAGUUGAAAACUGUGUCCCGUAGAGUUUUUCACGUAGUAUUCAGUGGUUUCUACGUAAAAUACUCUAGGGUAUACCGGGUGAAUUUAAAAAAUGUAUCAUUUUCAAAUUCUCCCUGUAUUUUAGAAGCCAAGGGGGCUAGGAUAAAUUUGUGUGUACCAUCUUUAGUUCCAUAAAAACGUAGUAGUGAUAUAAAAACCGCAAUUUGUAACUCUACUCAUAAACCAGAAACCUCAUAAAACACGAAAAUGGGACACCCUGUAAUUUUUUUAUCUAAUAAAAAUACUAAUAUAGGAUUUUUAAAAUUGACUUAUCCUAGUUAUUUUUAACAAAUAGCAAUAAUUGCUAACAAUAAAAACAUUAUUAAUUAACUAUAAAAGAGUUUUUUAAUUGAUUAGUUUGCCACUCAUAUAUUUUUAAUUAUUUUUUGAAGCCUCUUUCGAAGAUUCACAAUUAUUUGUAUUGUCAUUAUACUUGUUUACUUAUAUAUAUUAUACUUGCUUACUUAAACACUUUUCUUAUGGUGGGUUCAUGCUUCCGAUCUUAGCCCUAACACUAACAUUAGUCCUAACCCCAAGAAUUAACUAUAAAAUAAACAAAAAAUAAUACAAAGUAAACACAGAAGAAUGCAAAUUGUGUUGGCUACGAUGACGUUGCUUCCAUUUUUGAUCUACGAAUAAAAAUAGUAUUUAUGACUCCUUGCUUAGUAUUUUUUUUUCACCAGCAAUAUUUCUGAAAGUUUACAGAAGUGAUCCAAUUACAAAUGUAUAGAUUAUUAUUAUACUUAUAACAAUUUUUUAUGGUUAUUUUUUUUAAUUUCGUGUACCUUAUUGAGACACUUGAACCGCCGUUAGCUGUACUGAAACGUAGAAUUUAUCAUACAGAAACUGCUAAAAGAUGUAGAAAUUCCUAAACAAUAUAAAUAUUAACAAUACGCACAAGAAAAAUAGUGGUUAGUAUUUUAUUUUCUAGAGCGUAGGUGUCCUAACAUGUAGUUUCAUAAAAAUAGAAUCUUAAAAUUCAAGAAAAUCUAGUUUGAAUCCAUUUAAAAACUACUUUCUACAGUAUGUCCCCGGAUUGUCUUUUCAAGGGAAAAACUUUUUUAUUAUUGACAUUUUGAGAUAUCCCGUUUAUACUUUUCCAAAUUUCCAUACCGUUUUCCAGAAAAUUCCUAAAGUAAAAAAACGUCCUAAAAACCAAAAGUUGUUUCUAUGAUAAUUUAAUUUAGAUUUCAUUCUUUGAUAGAUGGUUAUUAUUCAUUUUGAAUAACGUCAUAUUCUUUUCUGUUGUUAAAGUAUCAAAUUUUCCGAUAACUAUUAUCACCCUUUCAAACUAAACCAAACUAUAGCAACAGAAAAUGAAACUAGAAUGACUAGGGGCAUUAUUUAUGUUCAUACUGUUUUCGUUCCUUUUAAUUUGCCUUUUUUAGGUUAGGUAUUUAAAAUUUAAAAAUAAAUAUUAAUACAAGUAACUGAACCAAAAGUAUUUAUUUAGCUAAAUGUUGGAACACCCUACGCCAUUUUUGUUUAUAUGUUUAGCUGUGAUAAUAGAUUGUUUUUUCUUUCUGGUUUUUGUAUGGUAAAAUGAUAAAAACGACGAUUGUGACGUUGGUUUAGAUUGUUCGUUUUUCGAGGACUUGUUGUGCAGAAAGAAGUCCAUUGCCAACAGAAUAAUUCCAAAAAAGACUUAUUUUAUUUUAGUUAGAUAAUUUUUCGUAUUGAGUUAUCGCUACAUUCAAAACUUUAGGUUAAUUAGUUGAUUAUUUAACAAUAUUUUCAAGCGUGAGUUGUUGGAAUCAAAAAUUAAUUUAUAUUGAGGAGAUACUAAAGACUUAUUAGUACCCUAUUAUUUAAUAAAAAACGACGUCAAAGUAAGCAGAGAAGUAGCACAUUAGUUUUUAUCUUGUUUUUUAUCCUGACUGUCACGUGGUUAUUAUCAAUUACACCAAAUCUCAAAUGGUGAAGUAAUAUUUUUUAAAAUUAAAUAGGUAAUAAUAAAAAAUUAAAUAAGAAAAAUCUCUUUAGAUAUUUGAUGUUGCAAGUUUUAUUUUUUUUAUAUUUUUUUGAAGAAAUUAAGAUUGCAACGUUUGUGAUAAAGUUUCAAAAUUAAUUGACAUUUUCAUAUACAAAUAUGAGAUAACCAAAGUAAGAUUGUUUUCUAAUACAAAAUUAAGUAUAGGUAAAUUUUUAUGUAAAUAAUUUUUUUAUUAGUUUUAUCUUAGAGAAUUCAAGACGGUGUUGUUUCGGUAAGCGUGAAAAAUCAAAAUUAGUGAUUAUUUAUUUAUUAAGUUGGUAUGUUUUUCUGACUGUAUAUGGCACUGAUUGAGUGUCCACCUAUAUUGUGUUCAUUUUUUUCGUAUAAAUGUAGCUAGGCGAUAACAAAUUUAAAAAAAGAAUCAAAUUUUUAAGCGACAGCUAUAGGUUAAGUGUAAAGCUUCAUUCAGUAUCUGGCAAUUAGUGGAAUAAAUUAGUGGUUUCAAUUACACCUUAUAUUUUUUAGUUUACGAUCAUUCACAAUGUUUAAAAACAUAAUUAAAAUCAAUAGAAUAUCAUAACAACACCUUGCGUUAGUUAGUUGUAUCCAUAGAGAAAGCCUACAGAAUAAACUUAU